UCCGGUCACGUGACGGCGGCGCAGGUGAGCACCGCUUCCGGGGUCAGGCGCCUGGAUCGCGACUGGCCCCGACUUCCACUCCGUCGGGUGCGCGGGAGACGAUGGCGUCCUCGGUCCCGCCAGCCACCGCACCCGCGGCAACAGCGGGGCCCGCCCCAGGUUUCGGCUUCGCCUCCAAAACCAAGAAGAAGCAUUUCGUGCAACAGAAGGUGAAGGUGUUCCGGGCGGCCGACCCACUUGUGGGUGUGUUCCUGUGGGGCGUAGCCCACUCGAUCAAUGAGCUCAGCCAGGUCCCUCCCCCGGUGAUGCUUCUGCCAGAUGACUUUAAGGCUAGCUCCAAGAUCAAGGUCAACAAUCACCUUUUCCAUAGGGAAAAUCUACCCAGUCAUUUCAAGUUCAAGGAAUACUGUCCCCAGGUCUUCAGGAAUCUCCGUGAUAGAUUUGGCAUUGAUGACCAGGAUUACUUGGUAUCCCUUACCCGAAGCCCCCCGAGUGAAAGUGAAGGCAGUGAUGGUCGCUUUCUCAUCUCCUACGACCGGACUCUAGUCAUCAAAGAAGUAUCCAGUGAGGACAUUGCUGACAUGCAUAGCAACCUCUCCAACUACCACCAGUACAUUGUGAAGUGCCAUGGGAGCACACUGCUGCCCCAGUUCUUGGGGAUGUACCGAGUCAGCGUGGAGAAUGAAGACAGCUACAUGCUUGUGAUGCGCAAUAUGUUUAGCCACCGACUUCCUGUGCACAGGAAGUAUGACCUGAAGGGUUCCCUAGUGUCCCGGGAAGCCAGCGAUAAGGAAAAGGUUAAAGAACUGCCCACUCUUAAGGAUAUGGACUUCCUCAACAAGAACCAGAAAGUGUACAUUGGUGAGGAAGAGAAGAAAGCAUUUCUGGAGAAGCUGAAGAGAGAUGUGGAGUUUCUAGUGCAACUGAAGAUCAUGGACUACAGCCUUCUGCUGGGCAUUCACGACAUUAUCCGGGGCUCUGAACCAGAGGAGGAGGGGCCUGUGCGGGAGGACGAGUCAGAGUGGGACGGGGACAGUAAUCCGUCGGGACCUGCUGCUCUGGUGGGCUCCUACGGCACCUCCCCUGAGGGGAUUGGAGGCUACAUUCAUUCCCACCGACCGCUGGGACCUGGAGAGUUUGAGUCCUACAUUGAUGUCUACGCCAUCCGGAGUGCUGAGGGGGCCCCCCAGAAGGAGGUGUAUUUCAUGGGCCUCAUUGACAUCCUGACACAAUAUGAUGCCAAGAAGAAAGCAGCUCACGCAGCCAAAACUGUCAAGCAUGGGGCGGGGGCAGAGAUCUCUACUGUGCAUCCCGAACAGUAUGCUAAGCGAUUCCUGGAUUUUAUUACCAACAUCUUUGCCUGAGAACCUGUCUGACUCCAUGGUGAUUGCUGUUUCAACUUCAAGGUGGCAUGGUUCUGAGAGGCUUGGGAAAAUUCUUGCCACUGCUUCUCCUCCUCCUCCUAUGCUAAAAUUCAGGCUGUAGGCUCCUUCCACCCAAAUAGCUCCAUCUCAUUGAAUAGGCUUUUCUUGGCCCCCAGAAAUACAUUGCCCUUUUCCCAUCUGUCCAUUUUUCUUCCUUCUCUCCCUCCUUCCAACAAGCCCUCUUGCUUCGUGAGAGUAUUAUUGUUGACUCUUCCAAGUGCCUUGAUCUUUGUAAAAUAUCCUGUUGUUUCUAUAAAAUAGGAAGCUUGAGGGGUGGGGUCAUCUUCAAGACCUGCCUGGACAGAUGGACCUGGCUCAAGAAACAACUUGAUGCACUUUGCUGUGUGGAAUGAACUACAAGUAUCUGAAUUUGCUGAUGACUUUAUAGGACUCAUUUGCUGAUGACUUUAUAGUAUGCUUCCUUCCUGGUAGGCCAUGGGUUGGAAGACUUUCGAGAUACUACAAAUGUGGGUGCAAUAUGUCAUGCACAUGUGACAGAAAAUAGCUAAUCCAGCUGUAAGGUGGGGUGGGGAGUGGUCAGCAGGCUGGCACCUCACAGAGGCAGGACCUAGAGGACUUUUGUGACUAUGCAGGGAACUGGAGAAGGUCUCUGGCAAGAAGUGAUUUCUCCAGUCUUCUCCAGCCCUACUCCCAGUCCCAUCUGCACCCAUUUACACAUCUGGGCACAGAAGCCCAGAGAUGGCCGGAAGUGUCUGAGCCUGGAUGAAGGAAGGUGUUUGACUACUGCUGCAUGGACCAGAGCCUCAUGCCUUUCCUGGAGCUGGAACUCUUUCACUGGUCAUGUGCUGUUCUGGAGGCUGGAGUGAUGGGCCAGGGUGCACAGUUCACUUCCAUGUUAAUUUUUCUUCCUGGCUAGCUGUCCUUGAACUCUAUUUCCAGAAGGUUCUAUCUCUACUGGGUCAGUUCUGGUCAUUUCAACAGGAUGGAGGUCUCAAGUGUGGGAACCUCCUGAAUGUGUGCAGCUAGGACACUUUUGCCUUUUCUCAAACCUUUUUUCCAGUUGGAUUUGUUUUCAUUCUGUUCUCUUCUGUCCCAUCUUAUACUGCCACUGUGUCUCCCAGAGGACAGAUGGCUUUCUUUGUCAUCUUCACUCUCCUCCCCCAGAGAGGAGUCAGAGCCAUAACUCAAUCACCCAUCCGCCUCCAAAGAUAGCUGAGUUAAUGGGUGAUAUUCUCAGAAUGUAGAAGACCAUGAUGGCAUGAGAUCAGAUAGGUGUCCUCCCCUCCCUCCAAUGCCUUUGGGGCUAAGACACUCAUUCUUGAUACCCCCCACCCCCUGGAAACAUCCACAUUUUUUUCCACAUAAAGUCGAGCACCAGUGCCUGGCCCGUGGGAAUGUAAAGCUGUUUUGCUCUGUGUCUGGCUGGACUGACCAGUCUCAUAAGAAGGCAUAAGGUCAUAAGGAGAUGCUGCCGCCUUUGUUCUGCUCCAAAGGAGGUAGUGAGAGGACUCCAGUGUGGGGUUGGAGUCCCUGUAAUAACGUCCUGUCCUGGGCCUGUUAGGUCUUUUCCAUUCCCAUCUACCUUUCCCUGUUGAAUGCAAUAAAACUGACACCAGCAGCUGUGGCUUUUUAGAACUGGGUUUUCUGACUAUGCGGCUGAUGUAUCACAGGCAGUAUAGUCUUCCAUUUGUUUCUUUUUCACCUUUUUUUUUAUUAAUAAAAGAAGAUCGUUAUGUAUUUACUCCCAUUACCACCACAAUACAGAAAAUAAAUUAU